AUGCAUGGUAUCAUUCUGGUGCACGAUCUGACCAAUCGCAAAUCGUACAGCAAUCUCAACAAGUGGAUCAACGAGAUCGUUCCCAUGCUAUCGGAUGAUAACCUGACGGAUUCGGAAAGUGAGGUGCCUAUCACGAGGACAUCGCGGCUGUCUGCAGCAAGCACAGACUUCAUUGACUUAGAAGAAUUUGUGGGCGAUGCAGGACUGGUCCCUAUGGUCAUUGUGGGUACCAAACGUGAUGAAAUAAACGACGCUGACCUUCAGAGAGCGCACGAUGCCUCGAGUAUAGUUGUGGUAAGUUAA